AUGGUUUCCAAGAAAGAGAAGGGGACGUCGUCUCCAGACUUCGACAAACAUGAACAGGUUGUGCCUCAAUAUCAUGCAAACACAUACGAAGAUGCGCCAGAUAUGGUCGCAUGUCCACCACACACCACCGAGGCUCAACUCGUGCGAAGAAUCGACUUUCGUGUUAUACCAUUUCUCUGUAUAAUGUAUCUGUUGGCAUUCUUGGAUCGUGUGAAUAUUGCCAAUGCGAACGUCUUUGGUCUCUCCGAGGAACUGGACCUGGUUCGUGACAACCGCUACAAUACAGCUCUGGUCAUCUUCUUCGUUCCAUACAUCCUCUUCGAGAUUCCAAGCAAUAUCCUGCUCAAAAAAAUGAAGCCUCGUGUCUGGCUCAGCAUCUGCAUGUUCGCCUUUGGAUUGAUAACCAUGGCCCAGGGUUUUGUCCAAAACUAUGCUGGCUUGCUCACUACACGCUUUCUACUUGGUCUUUUUGAGGCUGGCAUGUUUCCAGGAGCCUUCUACCUCAUCGGCAUGUGGUACCGCCGCCACGAAGCGCAGAAGCGAUUCUCCUUCUUCUUCAGCUCCACGACCUUGGCUGGUGCCUUUGGAGGUCUGCUAGCAUCUGCCAUCGGCAAGAUGGAUUACAUGCGCGGGUAUCGCGGAUGGCGUUGGGUGUUUAUUUUGGAAGGGUUAUUGACGAUCGUGGUAUCAUUUGCAUUCUUCUUCCUCCUGCCCAACUUUCCAGAGGAAGUCAAGUGGCUCACAGAGGAAGAGCGGACUUUUGUAAAAGCACGCCUGGAAAUAGAUCAGGGAAGCUCGGCCCGUGAACGCCCCAUCAAGGCUCGCGAUGUCGCCAAUGUCUUUCGCGAUCCCAAGGUUUUCAUUGGUGGUCUUAUGUACUUUGGUUUGGUUGUACCUGCAUACGGAUAUGCCUACUUCUCUCCGACCAUCAUCAGGGGCUAUGGAUACAGCCCCAUUCAGACACAGCUGCAUUCUGUCCCACCAUGGGCAGCAGCGUUCGGCUUCUCUAUGAUUUUGGCCUGGUUCUCGGAUAGGUUCAAGCAUCGCUUCAUCUUCGCCAUCUUCGCCAUAUGCGUCGCAAUUGUUGGAUUCGCCAUCCUAAUUAGUGUUCACGACAACUACCAUCUCCAGUAUGGGGCUCUAUUUCUCGUCACUUGUGGAGCGUAUUCUGCUAUGCCAAUUGUAGUUUGUUGGUUCAACAUGAAUCUAGGCGGUCACCACCGUCGCGCUGUCGGUUCUGCAUGGCAGGUGGGCUUCGGAAACAUUGGAGGUAUCAUUGCCGUCUUUGCUUUUCUUACAAAGGAUGCGCCAAAGUACAUACCUGGUUAUUCGAUUUGUAUCGCCUUCGUUUGCCUGAGCGCAUUGAGUUGCUGUGCGUAUCUAGCCAUGUGUAUGUGGCAAAACCGCGCGAGGAGUAAGAGUGUCCGCAAUGUCGGUUUGACGGCGUACGAGAAGACCGAGCUAGGGGAUCUCAACCCAGACUAUCGUUAUCUGUUGUAG